UUGUCUGGAUCCGGAGAGAGCAGGCGCGGGAGACCGGAUCAGCCCCCCGGUGAUUAUUCUCACCUAGAUACAAAUCUACAGGGCUGCUGCGGCGGCGGCGGAUUCCUGUUGACCUUAUAUGGCAGUGUGGGGGAGCUGCACCACGCUCCGGCUCUCAUGGCAACCGUCCAGAGCGCUCGGAUUACUGCUUCACGAGGGCGAGUCAGCAGCCCGCCAACCGACGAGCCUGCGCGCGCUUGGCGACGCUUCCUCCCUCACUUUCGACUGCUUCUUCUUUUCUUUUUUUUAAUACUAAUUUGUCAAAAACAUCCACCAUUACGAUGGGGGGGGGGGGGAAAUCACUCAUGUGUAGGUUGGUGCUUUUGAGAAUCGCCGAGAAACGUCCCUCAGCGACAGGCUCUGUCUCUCUCCCCCCACCGAGCCUCACCCAGUUAUGGCGCAGGCACAUUUCACAGCACAGUGCUCUCCUUUGUCUGUGAAGAAGCCAUUUUGAGACAGAGAACAGGCAGAGAAACCAUUUGAACAAGUAGCCUACGUGCCAAUUUUCAGGGUGUCUUCGAAACAAAUGGAAGCAGUGAAAUAGUACAAGAUUUCUCCCCCUAAGAUUCCUUUUGCUCGUUUUAAGACGUGGAUUACAUGGUUUGAAUACUAACUGAGACGCUCUCUCGCCCCUUAUCAAUGCCAAUAUUAGAGGAUCCGAAGAUGGAGCUGAAAACAUUCCUACCCCUGCGUUUAGGCCUGUUCACUGCAUUUCACCCAAGUGCUGAGGUCUGGCGAACGGCAUGGACAGUCAUCCCGUCUGCGGCUCGGCGGAGAAGCGGAGUCACCACUGGAGAAGUUACAAGUUGAUCAUCGACCCGGCGCUGAAGAAGGGGCCGCACAAGCUCUACCGCUACGAUGGACAGACGUUCAACAUGCCCAACCCCGGGAUUCCACCGGUGGAUAUUGUUCGAGACCCGAGGAUCGGCCGCCUCUGGACUAAGUACAAAGAGACGGAUCUACCGGUGCCGAAGUUUAAGAUCGACGAGUGCUACAUCGGGCCCGUGCCCCCGAAGGAGGUGACGUUCGCGCGGCUCAACGACAACAUCAGGGAAGGGUUCCUCACGGACAUGUGCAAGAAGUUCGGCGACAUCGAGCAGGUGGAGAUCCUCUACAACCCGAAGAACAAGAAGCACCUGGGCAUCGCCAAAGUGGUGUUCGAGAACGUGAAAGCGGCCAAAGUGGCCGUGCAGUCGCUCCACAACACGUCCGUCAUGGGAAACAUCAUCCACGUGGAGCUGGACCCGAAAGGUGAGAAUCGCCUGAGGUACUUCCAGCUCCUGAUGAAUGGCAGCUACACUCCCAAGACCCUGCCCGUAGGCGGAGAGGAUGCCAGGGACGUUUCCCCUCGUAGCCUGGCAGAGGCCAUAUUGGCCUGCGAGCCCAUCCGCAGGUUGUCCGAGAGCAGCGCCGGAUCGACGGUGCCACCCAGCAGCUCCACCACUCCUCUCUCUCUAGAGACGGGCUACUCCAGCCUAAGGCAGGACACGCCGCAGUCCCAGGGAACCCCUCAUACCCCACGCCAGACAAGUACGCCCUACUCUCAGGACUCCAACUACUCCAGUCGUCAGUCCACGCCUGCUUACCAGUCCAGCCGGCCUGAGAGCUCCGGAGGAUACAAAUCCCGGAGACACGAGAGUAAGUUCCAGGACGCGUACAAUCGCAGACCGGAGAGGCCGCAAUACCGCAGCAACAUGUACCGGAGUACGACAUCUGAACAAGCUCCCUUCAAACAGCACCAAGCCACCCCACCUGAACCUCCACCCUCCACCCCCCCUUACACUUACACAGCGCCUCCCCCUGCUACGCCAAACUUCUACCAGGCUCCCCUGCCUCCUGCAUUCCCCCCGUCGGAGCCUACCUUCCAUCACCCAGCCCAAAGGGAGGGUGAGUACCUCCGACCACCUCAGCCGCCACUGGCAGCUGCCACUGACUUUUUGCCCACCAAGGAGAGACCUGAAACCCCUCCGAUUCCCGAGCCCCCACCAGAGCCUGAGGCACAUCCCGCCACCCCUCCUCCUCCUCAAACACCAGAACGCUGCCCUUCACCUGCCUCCCCCACGCUGGAUCUAGAGCGCAAUAGCCUGGACUCCCGCAUUGAGAUGCUCCUCAAAGAGAAAAGGACAAAACUGCUGCCUUUCCUGGAGGAGCGAGAUUCAGACACCGAGGUGCGAAUGGAGGGAAGUCCGAUUUCCUCCUCGUCCUCUCAGCUAUCCCCAAUUCCCCCGUACACGAGUGGCUCUCAGGGUGGCCCACAAAACUCCCGUCCCCAGAGCACGGGCUUGGAGGAUAUCAGUCCGACGCCGCUGCCAGACUCCGAGGAUGAGGAGCCGAUUCCCGGAACUGCCUCUCUGGUCAAGAGAAUGAGUUCUCCUGUCCACGAGAAGAUGAGCAACAGUGACCUCAAGGAUGGACACUUUCGAUGCCACACUCCCACUGAUAACAUGGAGAUGAGUCAUCAGUCGUCGGGAGAAGACAUGGAAAUCUCCGACGACGAGAUGCCCGGGAGUCCGAUCGCCAGCGGGGAGUGUGGCAAGGGCAUUGUCGUCAACUCUGCGGUGUCCCCGAUGCAGACCAUUCCCAUGCCUCCCCCCGGCUUCCCCCCUCUGCCGCACCAAGCCAGCUAUGCGAUCACGCAGCACCACCUGGCCGCUCACUCUGCUGCCGCGGGACAUCCCGCUCACCUGGCCGGUCAUCCUGGAGUGCCUCACCACAUGCUUGCACACAUGGGCCCCUACCCACAUGGCAUGAUGCCACUGGUGCAAAUGGAGCUAAUGAACUGCUUGCGGUGGGAGCAGUGGAGCACGGUUCCCAUGUCGUUCCAGAUGCAGCAGCAGAUGCUGAGUCGCAUCGCUCAGACGAGAGGGCCCUACCCAUACCCACAUUUUAUGGACAGUGGUGCAUCAGGGCCGUUUGCCGGGCCGUACCAACCCGUGUCCCUUGGUGCUGCGCCCUCGGCCGGCAAUGCGGGGGCACCCGAACAACAACAACAACAACAACAACAAUGGCAGCAUCCCAUUAUACCAAAGUUCAACCCUACUGUUCCUCCUCCUGGAUAUGAGAGUAAAAAAGAGGAUCCGCACAAGGCCACUGUUGAUGGUGUGCUGCUGGUCAUCGUCAAGGAGCUGAAGGCCAUCAUGAAGAGGGACCUCAACCGCAAGAUGGUGGAGGUGGUGGCGUUCAGAGCCUUCGACGACUGGUGGGAGAAGAAGGAACGUUCGGCAAAGGCAUCCUUGACUCCGGUAAAGGGUGCGGAGGGGAAAGAGGAAGACAGACCCAAACCCAAAGAGACGAUGGGUUCAAGUCUGCUGGAGAACUGGAACAAGGGCGAGGGACUGGGCUAUGAGGGAAUGGGGCUGGGAAUCGGUUUGCGAGGCGCCAUCCGCCUACCCUCCUUCAAGGUGAAAAGGAAAGACCCACCGGAGGCCGUGGCAGCAGGCGACAGUAAACGGGCCCGUCCCUCCACUCCAGUAGACGACGAGCUGGAGGAUGAAGACCGGGAUCGAGACCCAGCUGAGCUCCCCUUGGACGAUUCGAAAAUGGACGCAGAUGGCAUGGCUGCAAAGCGACGGCACUCGCGGCCGCUCGAGCUGGACAGUGAAGGAGAGGAGGAGGGGGACACCUCAGGGAAGGAGGAGGAGUUUCUGUCCGACAGGGAGGACGAACCCGAUGAGACAGAGGCCACAGACCGGCUGUCGUCAGACAAAGAGAGUGGCGACGAGGAGGAUGAUGAUGAAGACUCGUCCAGUGAGAGCGCUUCCUCCGAUUCAUCUGAUGAAGAAGCCGAGAGUUCCACUUCCUCCAAGGACAGCUCUGACUCCUCGGCAGAGAGCGCCGACUCGUCCGAGCACGAGUUGAGCUCAGAAGAGGAGGAUGAUAUCGAGAUGGGAGUGAAAGACGCCGAGGUUGAUGUCAAAGAGGCCAAGGCGUCCUUGUCUUCUUCAUCCUCAGCAUCUUCAUCUUCCGAUGAAGAGGACGGGGAGGCAGAGGCAAGGCCACCAAGCCCACCUGCAGGACUGGUCCCAGAUAAAGAGGAGAAAAGGAGCAAGGAUAUGCUGAGCAGCAAGUCCAAACGAAGACCUCCCAGUCCUAAGGAGGAGCCAAUGGACGUGAAGCCCUCAUCACCUAAAGGCGUCGCAGAGCGAGAAAUCGGAGAGGAUAACAUUCCUGUAGUGAAGUCUGAACCUCAGGAGCGUGUGGCGAGCCUUCGGCCGCCCACUCCCACAGGCGCCGCCCCCGAAAGUGACCAGGAGUCAAAAGCCAAAGGUAAAACAGAGCCCGAGGAAGUAGCCUGCAUCCCCAGUCGAUUAGCCCCACCCACCCCAGACUCAAACACUUCUGUCCCCAAACCCGCCUCCGCAUCUUUAAUGCACCUCCCUCUUCCUCCUCACCCUGUGGUAGAAGGUCGCUCCCUCCUUCAUCCGCCCCCUGGUCCCUUACCUGACCUCCCACAGCGGCCCAGGCUCCCCACAGACGAGGAUAUCCCCCGGACACCGGGUAGGGACCUGAUGGACCGUGCCCGGGGUCUGGGGAAGUCCCAGAGCACGGACACGGUGCCCAACACACCCGGUAGUGAUGCCCCACUUACAGGCAGUAGUAUGUUGCUUAGCUCGCCUCACAUCCCCGGUAGCCCCUUCUCCUAUCCUGCUCAGUCCCCGGUCCUCAGUGCUGGAGUCCCCCGCACUCCAGGAAGAGACUUAACCUUCACCCCUGUCUUCCCCGACCCCACAGCACUAACUCUUAAUAGAAAAGCAUCCUCUGAGAGCCUGGAUGAUAGACCCGUUUUUAAGGAGCCGCCCAUUAGUGCACUACCUAACCAAGCCCUGUCAGCUGGCGCAGAGCACUCAGCUAGUGUCCCUGAAGAUCUGCCAGCCGGUCUCAAUGUAGACGUCCCUUUGCCAUCAGACACCGCUACAUCCAAGAGGAAACCCGGACGACCCAAAGCCAAAAAGAUCCCAGCCACCUCUGCGGCCGACGAGUCCCUCGAGCUCUCGUCGGAGUCCACCCCUCAGACCAACGACACGCAUCUGGAAGAUGUCGACGUGCAAACGGUGUCCGCCAAGUCGCCAGACAACCCAAGCCUGGACUUCCGGGAAGAAGAAGCGGCGCCUCGGACGGUCCUGCCCGCCGAAGACGGCUUCGUGUCCUACGAGGACGAGGCGCCCGUGGUCGUGAAGCCCGCUCGGAGGGCGCGGCGAUGUUGGGAAGAGCUGCUGCUGAACAGCCUGUCCCCCGUCACCACGCCUCCCCGGCCGUACUUCAAGCGGCGCAGCAACUUUGAGGAGGUGACCAUCCUGUACGACAUCUGGAACGAGGGCAUAGACGAAGAGGACAUUCGGCUCCUGCAGAUCACCUAUGACAAGAUGCUCCAGCAGGACAACGGCAAUGACUGGCUCAACGACACACUCUGGGUCAAUCACCCUUCUACCCACGUUCCCGGGGUGAAAAAGAAGAGGAGAGACGACGGAAUGAGGGAUCACAUGACCGGCUGCGCCCGAAGCGAAGGCUAUUACAAGAUCGACAAGAAAGACAAGAUCAAGUACCUCCAGAGCACACGGCUGCUGUCGGAGGAGCCGCCCGUCGACACACAGGGUAUGAGUAUACCUGCGCAGGUCCACGCCUCCACCAGAGCUGGCUCGGAGCGGCGGUCAGAGCAGCGGCGCUUGCUGUCCUCUUUCGCAUGCGACAGUGACCUGCUGAAGUUCAACCAGCUGAAGUUCCGUAAGAAGAGGAUCAGAUUCUGCAAGUCGCACAUCCACGACUGGGGUCUGUUUGCCAUGGAGCCCAUCGCCGCCGAUGAAAUGGUGAUCGAGUAUGUCGGUCAGAACAUCAGACAGGUGAUUGCCGACAUGCGGGAGAAGCGCUACGAGGAGGAGGGCAUCGGCAGCAGCUACAUGUUCCGCGUCGACCACGACACAAUCAUAGAUGCUACGAAGUGCGGCAACUUCGCCCGUUUCAUCAACCACAGCUGCAACCCCAACUGUUAUGCGAAGGUCAUCACCGUGGAGUCUCAGAAGAAGAUCGUGAUCUACUCCCGGCAGCCGAUCAACGUCAACGAGGAGAUCACGUACGACUACAAGUUCCCCAUCGAGGACGAGAAGAUCCCCUGUUUGUGCGGGGCAGAGAACUGUAGAGGAACACUGAAUUAACGGGUCGGGACUGAGUCGGACGAAUCUCCAACAAGGUGAAGAAGCUUUUUCCCCCUAAACGUUUCUUCUGUGUUCCCCGACACACACGGACUCCACGACCAGUCCUCAGACGAGGAGGAGGUGAAGAUGGGAAAAGAAAAACCUGGGAGUCACCUGGAAAGAGUUAAAGCUGCCUGUAUGGAACUCUUCACGUAUUUAACUCUAGAAUGUUUACGAUUUAUGGUGCUCUUGAAAUGAAAAAAAAGCAUAGUUUUUUAUGUAUGCCAGUGUCCCAGAAUUUGAGGAAACACUUGACUUGCUGGAGCAGCAUCUCCUCCCCUCUUCUCAGCGUCGGACAGUAUUUCAUCAUGGCUCCUUCCACUUUGAGUCCUGGUUUGUACAGUUUUACACUUUUUUUCAUUUGUCUCAUAAGCUUUACAUACACCACAGGUGAUACAGAAAAACAAAAAAAAACCGACUCACAUGAUCAGCUGCUUACUAACAGUGUUUAGACGCACAAGCCCACCAGGGAAAACACACCUCGCUGUGGGGGAAGACGUGGUCGCCAUCUGAGCAGAUGGCAGAUGACGCCGUGUCCACACAGCAGCGGGCAGGAGGACGGCGGCAGCGACGCUCCGCCGCCGCUGCCGCCGUCACGGACUGAAAUCCUGCGUUAUCGCUCCUACCUCCUCUGAACUGGUUUUCUCGGAAAUAAAUCAAACUGGUGAAAAAUUCAAUGCAACAAAUAAUGGAUCAGUCCUGCCACAAAAUCUUGAUAAUUUUUUUGAGGGGGAAACGACACCUGCUUUCACCAGCCACGACGUAUCGCGCUGCUUCCUGUUAGUUUAUGCAAAAGUUAGAAGAUGAGCUGCAAAAUUUCGUAUUGAUGAUAUUCCAGUGUUUUCCAGUUUUUUUUGUUUUCGGUAGAUCUCGUCCUGCCUGUUUACUUCAAAGACGCUGUGUGUGUGUGUGUGUGUGUGUGUGUGUGUGUGUGUGUGUGUGUGUGUGUGUGUGUGUGUGUGUGUGUGUGUGUGUGUGUGUGUGUGUGUGUGUGUGUGUGUGUGUGUGUGUGUGUGUGUGUGUGUGUGUGUGUGUGUGUGUGUGUGUGUGUGUGUGUGUGUGAGAAAAUGUGAGUGCACUGCCCCCUGUAGGCCGACCAAUUAUACAGUGCAAGAAAAUGAAGAUAGAAUCCAGCGUCCACUGGGGCGGAAUCUGAACAUUCUGCCCCGGUGGAGUGUGUUGGGGUUUUAAGUGCCAUACGAAUGUGCAAAAUUCUUUGUUUUACCUGCGCAGACAGUUGACGGGUAGAAAAGUCACUUGCCGCUGUUGUCACACACACGUGCACAGAGUCGCUGCCUAUUUUCUCACCGUGGUGAUGGUGAUGAUGUUUCCGCUGCCUUCACCUGUACCUGAGGUCUCGUGCCUCAUAGAUUCCUCUUCAACUGCGACACUUAUUUCUCGACCAGUGUUCUAAUGUUCCCUGCGAGACACUGGCGUUUCUACGACUCGGCGGACGUUGACGUUUGUCCGCGAGGGUUGUUCAUUCUUUAUAAAGUCGAUAUUGAAAGAAAGAAAAAAACCAAGAAUAAUUGUGAGAAUGCACUCGAGGCUUGCACUUCUGCUUUCCACCCUCCUCAAUCAGCCCGCUCCGCUUCCCCCCAAGACCAAGUCACUCAUUGCUUUUUCAUUCAGUUCGAUUGAUGAUGGAGAUUUCCUUUCUUUUUUUUUCACCAGUGAUGUUGAUGUUGUAUAUGAUAACUUGUACAGAAGAUCUAAAGCGUUUUUUAUCUUCACAGGGUCAACACUUAAGACGCAUCUUUCGCUCUGUUUUUGUUUGUUUGUUUUUUUUUAAACAGAAGACUGAGUAUUUAAGACUAUUUUUCAGGGAUCAGUAAUAAAGGAAAAUCCGAGGGUUUAAAAAGUUUAUUUAAAAAGAAAAGGUCCACUGUGUAUGGGAAACGUCUCCACCUCCCUUUUGGAAAGAUUGUUUCUUGUAGAAACGUCUUCAGUUUUCUGCCCAUUUGCUUUAUAAUCCUAAAAUGUGUAAAUACUGUUACUGUGAAUACUAUAUAAAUAUAUAUAUUUUUGUUCCCCUGGGAUUUGCUACACGAACACAGCUCGGAGGUCUUUGUAACAUAUGAGAUGAGUGCUGAGCUGGUAGCAGGAAAUUCAGCUUGUGUCAAGCUUUGUUUUUUUAUUUCCGUUGUAAAUUCUAUGAAAAUUUGUUUGCGGUGUUGAGAAAAAACAGGUGCAGAAUCGGCAUGGGGAGAGGAUUGAGGAAUCAGCCUGUCUCAUGUCUAUUUAUUACACAACAAAUGUAUGAAAAGGAAGAGAAAAAAAAUGGAAAUAAAGCGAUUUUGCAUACAUCCAUAAA